GAUCCCCCACCACACUGGAAUACCGGAAUCUACACACAAUUUUUUUACGUUUACAGCUAGUAGCCCUCAAGCAUCCAUGAAGCGCAUCGAUCUAGUCAAAACUGGCGGUUUCCAGGCCGGCGUCCACUUGCGGACGCAGUUCAAUGUGCCCGUCCCCGCGCCCAACGCCCAUCAAGUGCUUUUACAAGUCAAGGCUUCCGCCGUGAAUCCCGUCGACUGGAAAAUGGCCGAGUAUGGAUUCUUAUUACCCGACCCAUUGCCCGCGGCUCUCGGGUGCGACGUGGCGGGAGUUGUAGUCAAGGCGUCCGGUACGCACGCGCAUCUCCUGGGUCAACGUGUGGUGACCUACCUGGGCGCCAACAAGGCACAGUCCACCGUCGACCAGGGUGCAUACGUCGAACAAGUUGUCGUAGACGCUGACUUGGUCGCCGCACUCCCCGACGCCAUGUCCUUUGCCGAGGCCACGACUUUUCCUGUCGGAGCCUUAACGGCCGACUUGCUCCUUCGUGAACUCUCCCUCCAAAAGGGGGAUUGGGUGUUGGUCUGGGGGGCAUCCUCGUCCGUGGGUUAUUUUGCCGUCCAACGGGCGUUGGCUCGGGGGUACCGGGUAAUUGCGGUCGCUUCGGGAUCGCACGAAGCGGCCUUGACGGAAUUGCACGUGACGGCCUUUGUGGACUACCGCAAGGGCGAUGUGGUCGCCCAAAUUCUAGCCGUUGGCGGUGACGAGCCGUUGGUUCUGAAUGGUGCGGUGGAUUGCAUCGGCGGGCCCGAUACGUUCGGUACCUGCGCCCAACUGGUCCACGAUGCGUUUGGCCCGGGCGAUACGGAUACGCGCACGACGACUUUGGUGGUGAGUACGACUAACUCCAUGGGUUUACCGACACCGCCUGGCAACGUGCAGGCGCGUCCGGUGGAUCUCGGGACGGCGUUGGACAAAGCGGAGACGCGGGAAUUCGUCCGGACGGCGCUGCCGGAGAUUAUCCGCGAAUGUCGAGCCAUGAAAGUACGCUCCGUAGUGGGGCCAAUGGCGGCCGAGACGGUGCAGGAAGCCUUUCAGGUCAACAAGGACGGGGUGUCGGGUGAAAAAGUGGUGAUUGAAUGGAAUUGA